AUGCAGGCAUUACGACGAAGCCACACGAAACUUCGUGGCCAUGGUCCGCUACCAUGCACCGCGUGGAUCCUCGCAGCACGCGUCCAAAACAGACCUGGUCUCCAAACCCGGGCAAGUUCAUCCGAUUCAUCUCAAUCGCAUUCUGCGAAAGGAUUCUCGCGAACUCUAGGCAUCGUCGCAGCGACGAUGACAUUGACAUUUCUGGGGACCAAAUUAUGGGAUUCCCGAUCGGCGGCAGCACCCGUCCAACUUGAAGCUGCCAAGAGCGCGAAAUAUGCCGAUAAGAAGACGAUGCUGAUUGCAGUUGAUCGUAUUCGCCAAGCAUUAGGCGAUGAUCGAGUCAGUUUAGACGAAGAUGACAUCGAGGUUCACGGGUACUCUGAAUGGUCGACUUCAAAUACAUCGGAGAGACCAGUUGCAGUUAUAACACCACGCAGUACUGAGGAAGUAUCUUCUAUCGCAAAUAUCUGCACCGAAUACCGUGUUCCCAUGAUACCGUUUGGUGCAGGCUCAAGCGUAGAAGGAAACUUCUCUGCGCCGUUCUCGGGUAUAUGUAUUGAUUUGUCCCACAUGAACAAGAUAGUAUCUUUUUACGAAGAAGAUAUGAACGUCACAGUUCAAGCUGGGGUGCGAUGGAUUGAUUUGAAUGACGAGAUCCAAUCGACCGGUCUCUUCUUACCAAUGGAUCCUAGUCCAACAGCUUAUGUUGGGGGAAUGGUUGCUACGAACUGCAGUGGUACUAAUGCGAUGAGAUACGGUACUAUGAAAGACUGGGUUGUCAAUUUGACAGUCGUGCUACCCGAUGGACAGGUUCUCAAAACAAAACGUCGUCCUCGCAAGUCUUCUGCUGGGUAUAAUCUCAAUGCUUUGUUCACAGGCUCCGAAGGUACAUUGGGGAUCAUCACAGAAGCGACUCUGAAACUUGCUGUGAUUCCAGCGGAAACAAGUGUUGGAACUGUGACUUUCCCGACAGUCAAAGAUGCUACUGCUGCCGCUUCAAAGCUCAUCCGAGAUGGAGUUCCGCUAGCAGCUCUGGAAUUCAUGGAUGAAGUGCAAAUGCAAAUUAUCAACAAGAAUGGCGGGGCUGGGGGUCGCCUAUGGACGGAACUACCAACUCUAUUCUUCAAGUUUACGGGAACAGACGUGGAGAUACAGGAAAGCAUCCAGCGAACUCAGAAAGUUCUUCCUUCGUAUAAAGGCGACAAGCUAGAAUUUGCAUCAUCCAAGACUGACCGUGAAAAUCUUUGGGCCGCAAGGAAAGAAGCUAUCUGGGCCAUCAUUGCCACCGGACCUGAAGGCAGCCAAAUCUGGUCAACUGAUGUGGCUGUUCCAAUUUCACGGCUGGCGGAGAUUGUUGAACUCUCAAAGAAUGAGUCUGGGGCGCUGGGCUUGUUCUCCACAGUUCUGGGGCAUGUGGGAGAUGGUAAUUUCCAUCAAGCAGUUAUGUAUGAUCCUAAGGAUCCUGAACAAUAUCAGGCCGUCAAAUCUUGUGUGUCUCGGAUGAUGCAUAGAGCUCUUGAGAUGGAAGGGACUGUUUCGGGAGAACAUGGGAUAGGACUUGGCAAGAAGGGAUAUUUGAAAGAGGAACUCGGGGAAUCGACUCUUCAAUUAAUGAAGACAUUGAAGCGGAGCGUGGAUCCACACUGGAUCAUGAACCCCGGAAAGGUCUUUGAUGAACUAUGA